AUGUCCACCACCACAUACCAAGUAGUGGGCUUCCUCCUGUCAGUCCUGGGCCUGGCGGGCUGCAUCGCCGCCACGGGGAUGGACAUGUGGAGCACCCAGGACCUGUACGACAACCCGGUCACCUCAGUGUUCCAGUACGAGGGGCUCUGGCGGAGCUGCGUGAGGCAGAGCUCGGGGUUUACUGAGUGUCGACCCUAUUUCACCAUCUUAGGCCUUCCAGCUAUGCUACAGGCAGUGCGAGCCCUGAUGGUUGUGGGCAUCGUCCUGGGUGUCAUUGGGCUCCUGGUGUCCAUCUUUGCCCUAAAAUGCAUCCGCAUUGGCAACAUGGAGGACUCUGCUAAAGCCAACAUGACGCUGACCUCUGGGAUCAUGUUCAUCAUCUCAGGUAUUUGUGCCAUCACUGGAGUGUCUGUGUUUGCCAACAUGCUGGUUACUAACUUCUGGAUGUCUACGGCUAAUAUGUACACUGGCAUGGGAGGAAUGGUACAGACUGUUCAGACCAGGUAUACCUUUGGUUCAGCUCUGUUCGUGGGAUGGGUUGCUGGAGGCCUCACGCUAAUUGGGGGUGUGAUGAUGUGUAUCGCCUGCCGGGGCCUGGUACCCGAGGAAACUAGCUACAAAGCAGUUUCUUAUCAUGCCUCGGGCCACAAUGUAGGCUACAGGCCUGGAGGCUUCAAGGCCAGCUCUGGUUUUGGACCCAACCCCAAAAACAAGAAGAUCUACGAUGGGGGUGCCCGCGCAGAGGACGAGGCACAGUCUCACCCUUCCAAGUACGACUAUGUGUAGUUUCCAUCACACCUCGGCUUGGGCAGAAGAAAUUCCCCAAUUCACUCAAAAAAAAAGGACUUUUUUACCUUGAUUUGGAAGUUAGAAAAGUCUUGAUUUCACUUUUGGUGAGCCCACAGGUCUUGGUACAUGUCUCUCUCAGUGUUCAUCACAAAGCAGCUGAGUUAUCAGGUAUGAAUUAGAGGCUUCAGCUCAUGUUUUUCAAUCCUUUAUUUCAUUUUUAAUUAUGACCUUUCUAAUCUAAUGAAAGAACUGGAUUUAAAUUCCUAUCAGAGUCAUGGAUGAUUUCGACCGACUCUGCCUCCUCCUGGUUGGUAGCCUAUUGAUUAUCUAUCUCCCAAUUCCAUCCCUGAAAAUUUUUAAAAGGCAAAAAUAGUCAACCAAAAGAUACCAUUUUCUGCUAUUUGACUUUUUACUUUCCUCUCCUCUCCCCUCCCUAACUACUAAUAAACACUGAUUGAAGAAGUAAUAGGGAAAGAUAUUUGUAAUGUUUCCAGCUCAUUAUCUGAGUUUCCUACACUGUGAUUGAACAUUACCUAGAAUAGUGAUUCCAGCCUUUCUGCUUCUGUUGGCAUCUGCUAGACUUCUCCAUGGGCUUUCUGAGCUCCCCACUUCAUGUCCUCUUUCAGUCACACACCAGAAAGUCUCUCAGAGGAAUGAGAAAAGAUUUUUUUUCUGUAAUCUAAAUAUUUUUGAUAUUCUAAAGAUGGUUAGGAUAAAUAAUG